UCUGAUCGCCGUCAUAUCCGUGUGUCGGUUUAGGCCCGACAAGCGCGCGGCUCUCGAAAAGGGUGUUCGUUUACCAUGCUUGCUCGGACUUUGCUCGCUUCCUAGCUUGUCGAUGAGACGUAGGAUUCGUAAAAGUUGCCCAAAAUACCUAUACAGAUAGCGAAUUAUCGACCAGGGGUUCUGCUUAACGUUGCAGCUGGAUUUUGUAUAAAUGUGCCCCGAGACCAGGCCCUUCACCUAGUCUACGUACUCGCAUAUUUCAACAUCAACACGCAACACACCACCAAUAUGCGCUUCACACUCCCUACUCUUGCCCUUGUGGCAGCAGUCUCUGCUGCUCCCCAGGUGCCCGAUGGGCCCCUCAACUUCUACGCACGCCUCUUCCGCGAGUCCGACGACUGCACGACGGGCAGCACCUCUGCCUACGUCGGCUCUCGUGGCGGAUGCGUCAACAUUUCCGUACCUGGCAGCGGCUCCGCCCUCGUGGUGGUCGGCGAGGCUGCCAAGUACUACCUCGCUGGGUGGACUGGGCCUGACUGCACAGGCACGGUCGUGCUGGUGGAGACGAACCCGGGUGUCUGCACUUCGCUGGGAGGAACAGACGUCCAGAGCUGGUCGAACGACUUGAGGGUGUUUGGUUGAUUGUUGAAAGACUUAGGUGCUAGGAUGACUGCAAAGGAAUACGGACUAGACGGGCGGCUGGCUCUGCAGACUAUUGAUUCCGUCUCAUCGGGGCAUCGGCAACUCGACUUCUACAGCUACAUAUCUCGCCCGUAGGCAAUCGAUACCUCCACAGCGCGA